AUGACCGCUUCUAAAAAUGGAGACGGCGAAGCCACCUUCCCCUCUACCAUUCCAUUUUGGCGCAUGGUCUUCGACCAAAAGGUCGUCACAGAGGAAGUAGUGCGAUUUCCAUACACAGGCUCGGGAACUGAAGAUGAUCCCUAUGCGGUGAUCUGGAUUCCAGCUGAUCCUCGCAACCCCAUGAACUUCCCUCAGACGAGGAAAUGGGCUAUCACCCUCCUCGUGUCAUUUGUGACUCUUGCUGUUUCUUUGGUCUCGUCCGCCUUUUCGGGCGGCAUGGCUCAAAUGAUGGAGGAGUUCGAUGUGGUUGAGGAAGUGGUCAUUCUGGGUGUAUCACUCUUCGUUCUCGGCUUCGCCAUUGGGCCUCUAAUCUGGGCGCCUCUCAGCGAGAUAUUUGGUCGCCGACAUAUCUUCUCUAUCUCUUUUAUGUUCCUGACCGCGUUUAACGCGGGAACUGCAGGUGCUACCAAUAUCCAGACCCUGAUCAUUCUGCGUUUUCUGGCUGGGUCCUUCGGCUCCUCGCCUUUCGGAAAUGCUGGUGGCACAAUUGCCGAUAUGUUCCCUGCUUCUCAGCGUGGUAUUGCCAUUAGUCUGUUCGCCGCGGCACCUUUCCUAGGUCCGACAAUAGGACCUGUUAUUGGUGGAUUCUUGGCUACCGGGGCGGGCUGGAGAUGGGUGGAGGGUUUCCUUGCUGCCUUCUCUGGCUUACUUUGGCUCUGCAUUAUCUUCCUGUUACCGGAAACUUAUGCGCCUGUUCUUCUGCGCCGUCGCGCAGAGAAGCUUUCAGCAUUGACCGGGAAGGUUUACCGCAGUCAACUUGAUAUUGACCGUGGUCCUAUCCCCAUGGGGAAGACCUUGAAAACAGCCCUCUCGCGCCCGUGGGUUUUGCUCUUCCGUGAACCGAUCGUGCUCCUCUUCUCUAUUUACAUGUCCAUCAUUUAUGGGACACUCUAUAUGCUGUUUGCGGCAUACCCUAUCGUCUUCCAACAAGUCCGUGGGUGGAGCGAAGGCAUUGGUGGUCUCGCCUUCUUAGGCAUCCUCGUCGGCAUGGUCGCCGCCGUCGCCUACACCUUCCCAGAGAACUUCCGCUACGCCAAAAAGUGCAGCGAAACAACCGACCGACUAGCUCCAGAGCUCCGCCUUCCACCAAGCAUGGUCGGCGGCGUGGCGCUGCCAAUUGGUCUCUUCUGGUUCGCCUGGACAAACUCACCCAGCAUCCACUGGAUGGCCUCGGUGGCCGCAGGUGCACCCUUUGGCUUCGGCAUGGUCCUCGUCUUCCUCAGUGUCUUCAAUUACCUCAUUGACUCUUACACCAUCUUCGCUGCCUCCGUGCUAGCCGCCAAUUCCGCCCUCCGUUCCUUGUUCGGCAUGGCCUUCCCCCUAUUCACCACAUACAUGUACCAAAAUCUCGGCAUCCACUGGGCAUCGUCGAUUCCCGCCUUUCUGUCGCUUGCAUGCGUUCCCUUCCCAUUCAUCUUCUACAAAUACGGUGCGCACAUCAGACAACGAUGCACAUACGCAGCCGAGGCAGAUGCCUUCAUGCGUCGCCUUGCCGAGAAAAAUCAAGCUGCCAUCCAAGAGCCAGAGAAGGACCAAUCAGCAGAUGGCCCUGUCGAAAGCGACAGUGGCAGCGAUUCUGAUUCCCUCUCCACAGUUCCUUCGCGGGGAACUAUCGCCCGCUAUGCCUCUCGCGCAUCACGCGCGUCUCGUGCAUCCCGCCAAUCCGGUCACUCGAUGCAUCGCACCGCGACCGCGACGCAGUAUGAGGAGAACCCGUACGACUUGGACCUGGUAAAUACCCGACAGUCUGCCAUCAGCCGCAAAGAGUGA